GGACACGGUCGAAUUCCAGCCUCAAUUGAGGCGAUCAAAUCGGUUGGCCUUGCGUUUUUCCCAUUGAAUGUUAGUCCUUUCAACAAAGCCAAUGUUUCCUUUGGUACGCUUUUCACGCUUUUCCGGCAUGGCGUGAAAAUAAGCGGUCGUGGUCGUGGCGGUAAAUCAUGUGCGAAGGCAAAGACACAGUCAGCCAGUGCUGGUUUGCAAUUCCCGGUCGGUCAUGUGUACCCUUUACAGCGCAAAGGCAACUAUGCGGAGUGUGUUGGUGCCGGUGCUUCAGUCUACUUGGCUGCAGGGCUUGAUUAUUUGGAUGCUGAGGUGCUUGAGCUUGCGGGUAACGCUGCUCGUGACAACGAGAAGAUUCGCAUAAUCCCUCGCUUGUUGCAAUUGGUCAUCUGUAACAAUCAGGAGUUGACCAAACUUCUUGGCGGUGUGACCAUUACCCGGGGUGGUGUGUUGCCGAACAUCUAUGCUGUUCUUCUGCCUCAAAGAGACUGA